AUGACAACAGAAACCCCACCUACCUCUACAACUCCAUCCAUAACCCUUGAAUCCAAGAUUUAUCACGCCACCACAGUAUCCAAUACCAAAAACUAUGUCCCGAUCAUCUUGGAAAUUGAAUCGUCUCAAUAUGUAACCUGGGCAACAUUGUUCAAGAUCAACUACAAGGCCUUCUUAGUGCAUGACCACCUAUCUCCUAAACCACAUGAAACCACCACCGCCUCCUCUACUACCACUCAACCCAAUGAAGAUUGGGAUCGUCUUGACGCCAUUGUUCUAGAGUGGAUUUAUAGCAUGAUCUCCAUUGAUCUCCUGCACACCAUCAUCAACAAAACUGCCUCCGCCUAUGAUGCUUGGAAAGCCAUCGAAGAUCUCUUUCAAGAUAACAAAGGUUCACAUGCCAUUCACCUUAUGCACAAGUUCUCUAAUAAAAGGUUGGAUAGCUUUCCUAACGUUUUGGCUUAUUUUCAAGAAUUGAAAGUUUUGGCCGAUCAAUUAGCGAACGUGAAUGCUCCGGUCGACAAUGAUAGGUUUGUCUUACAAUAA